GCCGUGCCACGCUAUCAUUAUCGAAAUGCUCUAUGUAUUCUUAGUCUUCCUGCUCUGAGUCCUACAUAAAUGGUACGCGCAUGUGUUGUCACAUCACUGGAAAUUGAUUCGGCUUCGGAUCUGGUCCUAGAUUCUCGCACUCUUUUUCUUGGACUCUCAUAAGUAGAACUUCAACCAGAAGGCCAUCGUAGACCCGCUUGGCCAGGGCUUCCCAUUUCAUUACUCUUCAUGAUCUGUGCUCGUCACGUUUUUCGGUGCUUCAAAUGGCUUGAGCGGGCUGGAGACCGCAUCACAGGCGCAGCAGGCCCAUAUUUCGUUGGACUUGCAGUAAUACUCCAAGCAAUUGGAACAGCCAGCUUUUUCACGGUGAUUCAACCCAGCCUUCCCCUUCCUUGGCUUACCACGCCCCCUUGCAUACUCAUUGCACUCAACCUCUUCACGCAUUACUACUAUGUAUGUACGGUGCCACCUGGAUUCGUCCAAGAUGAGGUCUCGCAGCCAGGGAGAGGUCGACUCUGGGCCUCGCCUUCUCAACCGACGAGCUCUGGAGUUCGGUGGUCCAACCGUAGUAUCACGCUAUUGCAAGCGAGCACCACUGCGUGUAGGAAGUGUAGAUUGAUGCGCCCAGAAAGGGCCCACCAUUGUCGGAUAUGUGGCCGGUGUGUGAUAAAAUAUGAUCAUCAUUGUCCUGUAAAUGCUGGCACAAUUUCUUCGUGGGGGAUAAACCAAUGUGUUGGGCUAAAUAACGAGAGGCAUUUCGUCCUUUUCAUGGCCUACCUAGUAUUAUCGACCUUCUUCUUGAGCAUUCUUGGCUACUCUCAAGCGCUAGAGGCAGUCGGCCUCACAUAUUCUAAUCACUGGCCGUAUAUGGUGCCACAGCUAGCCUAUAUCCUCACCUACAUGCUCUCUGUUGUUCUUUGCAUUGCGGUGUUUAUCAUGCUCUGCUGGCAUCUAUGGGGUGUCACUCGUGGAGAGACUACCGUCGAAGCACAGGAUCAUGAGGUCUACAAGCGCAUUGCAAAGAACAGAGGCGAUAAUUUUGUAAAUUCUUACGACCUUGGAAAGAGCACUAACCUGCGCCUUUUCUUCAAUAUUGGUCCGGACGGAUACCCGUGGUAUACCCUCAUUUUACCCCUACGAAUAAUGCCCUACACCGAUGGCCGUUCGUGGGCACGACGCGAAGGAUUCCAGAGACACCAGGGGAUUCAAGAGGGAGAGGAAUUGACGGAUGACGAUGAAGACGAUAACGAAUAG